GGGCGCGCAAGUUUCCUCCCGCGGCGGCGUGCGGAGAUCCCCGGGCGCGCCGGCGGAGGCGGAUAAGUGACCAUGCUUCAGCCAACAUACUUUGAGGAAGAUGCUGCCGCAAGAGUCUUCGUUUUCAGUUAAAUAUGCAUGCUAGAAUGGCUGCUGCAGGUGCCUCCUGUAUUGAGGAAGAAGCUGGAGCCAGGUCUCCGCCAGCUCCCUGCAGGCGACUUGAGGCCCAGAGACAGCAGCUGCAGGAGGAGAAUGGGACGGCUGACCGGCUCUCUGAACAGAGCGAUGCUUCCUUCAUAGCAGCAGAGCAGAACCGGCAGCAAGCUGCUGCAGGCAAGUUGAAGAAAACAGCCUUCAAGCUCUUUGGCGGGAAGAGAAGCAUUUGCACGCUGCCGAGCUUUUUCGGAGGGAAAAACAAAGGCCAUGGAAAGGGAACCUCUAAGAAGGGCUUGUGCAAAAGUAAAACUCAUGAUGGCAUCAGUGAUGUUGGAUGUGAAGAUGCUGGUGGAGGGCGUCUCAGGAGCCCCUCGGAUGGUGGAACAGACUCCCCUUCUCCCCAGCUGCCAAGCUCCCAAAGUGCCCUUUUGGCAAGAGGUGCUGGCCCUCCGGUUGAUUUUGUUGGGCAGUCAGCUUCUCUGUGUGGGAGUUCAGAGGGCUUUGAGAAGAAGCCCAGUGGAGACAAAUCUUUGUUCCUCCCACGGCCUAAAAAAGGUCUGAAGGGGCUAUUCAACAGCAUCCGGCGCCAUCGAAAGAACAAAGCUAAUGAACCUGAGAAAACAGAGCUGCAGGAGUGGACGUCUAGGGGAGCUGUUGCUGAAGAACAAGGCAAAAUAAAUAAGCAGGCGGGCAUUGGAAGUCAGGAGACUUCUGAGAAGAUGAAUCAAAAAAGCAUGGUGCUUCCUCCAGAACGUGGGGAGAACCUUCUUAAUCAAGCUGCACCUGGAAUAAAGGCCAGUCUUGGUGAAUCAAGAGAGGGAAACCAACUGGUAGUUGAUGAAAACAGUUCUGAUGGGGGUGCAGCCACUGGAAUUGCAAGCAGCGGAGACUCUCCGGAUGUCACAUUGGAUGUGGGUGACACCCUCUGUGUGAACGCUACCUGUGAUGUCCUUCCGGACACUCUCCAGCCAGAGUAUUUGGACAGCGAUCCGCCUUCCGUCCCUUCUGGGGACCAACUUAGCUUGAUGUUUGGAGAUGUGACUUCCCUUAAAAGCUUUGACUCUUUCACUGGCUGCGGAGACAUUAUUGCUGAGCCAGAUAUUGACAGUAUCACCGAGAGCGCCACUUCUGCAGGGCGUAGUAGAGACGCCACCAAAAGGAGUUCCUGCCUUGUUACUUACCAGGGUGGAGGGGAGGAGAUGGCUGUGCCUGAUGCUAUAGAGGAGUAUCUCCAGCAGAUGUGGGAAGGUGCUGCCAAAGUGGAUGCUGCCACCUACGAAACCCGCCUACCUGAGCUCAUGACAAACAGUGAUCUGCAGGGAGUGAACGCUGGCAAGCAGGAGCCUCACCACUAUGGUGACAGCCCAAGGAAUAACAUGGAUCCCCUGACUCCACACAGUGACCAGCAAGAAUCUGCUCCCAAUAGUGAUGAGGGUUACUAUGAUUCAAACACUCCGGGUCCUGAGGAUGAAGCUGGAGAUGAAGAAAUCAAGAAGGAUCGCCUUCCGAGGGACAGCUACAGCGGUGAUGCUCUUUAUGAAUUUUAUGAGCCAGAUGAUGUGCUCAUGAGUCCUUCUCAUGGGAAUGAGCCCUGGUUUGACAGGAAAGCUCCCCCCUCAGAGACUUUUGGCCAGUUCUUGGACUUUACUCUUUCUGCAGAGAAGGAUUUGGUCCAGAUGAUGGGACAGAAGAGUGAAGUGAUGGAAACAGAGGAGGAGAGGCUAACAUCCAUCCAGAAGCAGCUUCUGUAUUGGGAGAUGCAGCGAGAGCCAGUCUUGAAACAUCUGGAUAUGCUCAGUAAAGAUCAGCAUCCCAGGGAAAAGGAAUGCAAUGAAUGUAAAACAAGAACAGCCAACUUAACCGGCAAAUGUCCAAGUUGCCUUGGUUGUGAGCAAGGUGGCCCUCAUGCUUUGAGCAGAAGCCUGAACACUGGCAUCUCAGCUGAAAACCAAGACUGGAGGGACUUGCAAGAGAUGCUGUGCCCCCCAAAAUAUACUAAUGGCAGUUGUGGCCCCAAAGCACAUGGCAGUUGCUUUAUUCAGUUCAUGGAAAAUGGUAUCAUGUUGGAUUCCAAUUUGGAGCAUCCAGCACUCGAGUCAUACGCCUUGAGUGGUUUGGCCCUGGAAAAAUCUGUGACCUACCCUUUCUACAGAACACAUGGCCGCCACAGCUGCCCACCAAGCGAACAUCACAGUGGAACUGAACCUGGCUUUCAAGAGUCUCACCCAGAAAGCAAAUGUGGACCGGAGCAGGCUGUGAACUUCUCUCAAGCCCUGGUGGAAUUCACUAGCAGUGGGACUCUGUUCUCCAGUCUCUCUGAAAGCCUCGGGAGCUCAGACUCGGGCUCUGCCUUCACUCAGAACCUUCCUGCCCUUCCGACAAUGGUCACAUUUGAUAUUGUCGACGUUGAACAGGAGGGCGAAGGGGAGUGGGAGCAGCAUUUGGAGAUGAACACCGAUGAGGAUAUUGCAGCAUCUUUUGAGGCCUUUGACAGUAGCUAUGUUCCGAAAGACUCCUUUGCUGAAUGUGACGAGAGAAUGUUUCCUGGGUCUCUACAGAGCUCUUUCCAAAGUAACUGGGGUGUUGCCAGCCUUCCCCGUUGUCUUCGGCUUCAGGAGUUGAGCCCCCCCAUGCCAGAGCCGCUGUCCAUCUGCAGGAGAAGCCGGUCCCUGGACACCGAGAGUUUGGAGUUCGAGCUUGGAAGUUUGCAGCCAUCCAAGAAUGGCCUGAAGCCUUGUGAGCUUUGGUCCAAAUGGAGUAGCUGCAAAAAGAAACCUGCUGAGCCAGGAGUGAGUGCUGGCCAGGGAAGUUCUCCAGGUUCUGCAGAAGAAAGGGAAAGUAGCGGCACCCUUCCUUGGCCAGGACUGCAGAACGUAUCCUACAGGGUGGAUACGUUUCCUUCUCAAGAGGCAAAACGGUGGGACUAUGAUCUGAAUGCACCAGCCUUCCAGAGCACAUGGGGCACAUUGGACCAGCCCGAUGCAGAGCUGCCUUUCAUGUGCAUGGGGCAGAACUCUGCACAGGAGACUGCCAGGAGACCUCCGCAUGAUGGGACCAAUACUCCAGUGUUUCAGAUGCCAAGACUGAUGGCCAGGCCAUCCAGCCUCCCCCUGCAGACUCCAGUUGAGUCCCAAGAAGUACCUGCUGCUUCUCACAGGCAUUGUGGAGACACCAUGGCUAAAAAACUGGCCUGGGUGCUCCCUUUGGGAGAUAAAGGUGCUGACUUGCCUCCCAGCUUUGCUUUUGCCUCUUCCCCCGACAAACCAGCAAUGUGUAAACCUGCAGACAUGAUGGAAGGAGUGCCCCAGUUUCACUGCAGCAAUGCUGAGGCUUUCAAGGGCGGGGCUGAGCAUCACGGGAGCUCUGAAGCCAACCCACUGAACAGGAGAGCCGCAUGCUGGAAGGCGCCCUUGGCCUCCUGUCAGAAUGUCGCGAGGAAUGUAACAGUAGCCAAAUAGCUCGUGUGAGUCUCACAAGUGGGUUAGGGUGGACAGGUUCCAGAGGCUGUGGUGGGAUUUGAAACGUUGCAAAUGAUAAGUUUAAAUUAUAUUCGGGGGUGGGUGGGUUGCUGCCUCAACGGUGAGGAUGAUGCAGGUGGAAAUUCAGCUGAUGGUGCUCUUAUCUAGGUUAAAUAACAAGUUGCUGUUCCACUGUGUGAACUUCCGUAGCUGCUUAAUGAAGGGCUGAAGAAAGGGUGCUGGCUGCAGUUCAUGGGGACGUUGGAUUACGGCUGAUCCAUCUGUAAGAAUCUCCAUCUCAGCCUUCUACAGUAAAGUUAAAAGUCAAAGGGGCAAAAUCAUUUGCUGAAGCCAUCCAGUGGGCAAAGCUCUCUUUCUUUUAAAUAUUCAUUAUGGUUUUAACAAGAAUGGUUUGCUUAUGGUUAAAAAGUGGUAAAUAUUCAGUUUUUCAGUUACUAAAGCCAUUUGCAGAAAGUGAUUGGUUUUAUCCACAGGACAGGCAAAUCUAUACAAUCCCUUGCAUGUCAAGGGUGUGCGUAGUAGGGUUGAGUUGCAAAGUUGUGACAGUAGCUGGAUGGGGUAUUGGUUAAAGUGACCAAAGUGGGACAAGGGAGAAGACACCUUCUUAAACAGGAGUUACUUUAUGGAGAGGAAUGAAGGCAAAGUAAUGACACACUUGCAGAUUUUCAAGGGGUUAGUUUUUUAAAAGUCUGCUUCAAGCCACGUCCCGUUUAAAGACUGCAUUCCAUCAUGUCCUGGUUACAACUACGCUUCUUUUGAUAGAAUGUCUGGCAAAGUUAACUUUUCCUGGGUACCCCCCAGUACCUAGAAUACACUGAGCUCAGUCACCAAACUAGUUACACUGGUAUACUGCUGUUGAAUCUGGUCUCUUUAUUCUGGCUUUACUGGUUUCUCUACUGGAUUGCAAUACUUUAGAAAAGCUUAAGUGGAUUAGUGCCUGGAGGUGUCAUACUGCAAGUUUUUUGCAUCUUCUUGGCUGGUUGGAGUCUGUAAUGUCAUGUAGGGUCUAUGGUAGAACAAACUGGGUGGUUUCUGUUUUCUGUCUUCCAGCUAGGAUUGGCCAAGACAUCUUGCUGCCCAAGGCAGAACACCCCAGUAGCAUCUUGGCUUACAUAAAGACAAUGAUGAAUUAAGGUAGGGCACAAUCCACUGAGAAACUGCCCUGUGCAACUCCUGUUGAAACACACAGGAGCACUGGGUGAUUUCAGUGUGUUUUGUGCAGAAAGACUUCUUGGUUUUGAAGCGCUUGAGCUCAGACCUCUUCCCCCCCCCCCCCGUUGUCCUGAUGGUUCCUUUGGUUUUCUACCUGAAGAGGACUUCAGGGGCAUGCUGGAUCAGACCAAAGGUCCAUCUAGCAUCCUGUUUUCAAGAUUGCCCAGCAAGAUGCUCUUCAGAAGUUGAUAACCCUUCUUAGCUUUUUGUCUGAGCACCUGCCAUCCAGAAGUAUGCUGCAUCUGGAUACAGAGGUUCUAUUUACCUAUUAUGGGAGGGGGAAAUCUUUGGUUCUCCAUAAAUUAGUCUUACCUUUUGUGAAAACUUGUGGCUUACUCCAUUCCUAGUUCUCAGAACUGCAUUCAUUAUUCCUUUGACUCCUAAACUUCCAGGCUAGUAACUAGUGAGAUGGAAAAACUUCUGACUAAGGACAGUGCUUCUGAGAAACAUAUAGAUAUAAAAUUUGCAGUAAAUAAAUACUAGACUGUCUGGCCAAGACCAUCCAUCCAGAUUCUACAACUCCAUCAAUGCUGGGAUAGUUAGAUCUCCGCCUUUAUUUCGGGCCUGCGAGAGAAGUUACCCCUUCUGGAAUGGAAUAUUCCUCCUUCCAGUUGUAGCUCUUCCUGAGACAAAAAGGUGAUCCUCCACCCUCAGGGGCACCCUCAGUAUUGACUUGGGAAAUCAAGUGGGCAGCUGGAGAUUUCGUGAGAAUUGACCAAAAGCCUUCUGCUCAUACAAGGGAGCGUUUGGAUUGGAGAUAGGAGAUUCUCGGUCUACCAGCAUCUGCCAAAGGCGGGGGCAGGUGGGGUGUCCUUGCUAAGCACUUGGUCAACGGUCCUGUCUGAUAGGUCCUGCUCUGCUUUGUGGAUUAUGGGCUGUGGGGGGCUGCUUCCUUCCUUCUCCAUUUGGAAUUGCUGUUGUUCAUACACACCAGGACUAUUCAUGAUCAAGCUGCUUGCACUGUGGACAGCUUUUCACAGUGGCCUCCUUCAGCCUUGUAUUCUUGGAUGUGUUGGGGGUGGGUGGGAGGAGCCUUUUCAUUUAAGCAUGUCACCAAAGACAUCUUGUGAAGUUUGUUGUCAAGUGGUGUCAUUUUUACUAAUGUAUAUGUAAAAAAAAAAAAAACCAUGGUGUUGCUAAGAAUGUCCAUAUCUGCAAAUGCGUGUCUUUUAGCAUUUUUGGUUGUACAUAUUUAAUGGAAAUAUUUGUUUUUUUAAAAAGAACACUUUAUAUUCUAAUAUGUACAAAUUAUUCAGCUCUGCCUUGGUAGCGUGACCUGUUUCCAGUGGGUUUCUUGAAUGUAUUGCUUAAGAAAAAAAUCAUAAAUGUGUAGUCUUAUUUCAUCUGGGGGCAAGAUUUGGCACUUGGAAACAUCACCCUGGGGUGGGGGGGGGACUGCAGUUAUUAAAAGCCGACUGGUUGGGUCUGGAGAGGAGGUUGCUCCCCCUUCUUCUGGCCUCUGUAUUGUUGUCCUUCCCAUUUGGCAGAUUUCAGCCUGUUAAAGUUCAACUGCAGCAGGCAACAGAUAAGCUAGUAAAGCCAUUCUGCAUGUUACACUGAAUGAGAUGGUAGAAUCCAGGCUUGUGCCAGAUGGCAAAAGUGUUUAAAUUAUUUCUCCUAUGUAUUAAAAACUAUCUAGAAAACAAGCACCAAGUUUAGCAUGCUGGUUGCCUCGUGAUUUCAGAUGGGAGGGAAAAACACUCUGGCAUCUGCCAUCAGCUGCAUGGUAGAGGGGUAGAGUUUGUGUUAAGCUAGUAAGCGAUCAUGGGAUCAAAAGAAGGGUUUAAAUCUUUAAAUAAUAGAUGCAGGGCAUUUUUAAUAUGGAUGACAUUAAAAACAGAAUCAUGCCCACACAUGCCGCCCUGCAUGCCGUCAGAUGGUACAGUCCCAAGAUUCUACCUCUUGAUUUUGAGUAAUGUGUAAAACAACUCUUGGAGCUGAAAUGAAUCAAAAAGAUAUCUAGGGUGCCUCCAUGCUGUGAAACUAGACAUCGUCCAUCAACAGCAUUGUCCUGUUCAGCUCUGAAGAACAGCUUGGUUGUGGAAGGAUCUAAUGGUCCAGUCCAGUCCAGUCCAGUGUAGUUGACAAAAAUCCAUACAAGAGAAACAUGCAGAAUUGGCUGGGAGCCAAAGAAGUGUCCAGUGCUCACAAGCGGUGAUGUGAACCCAGUGAUAGUUCAGGUCAUCUUCCAAGUGCUGGGUCUACACUACAUUGGAGAUUUCUUUUUAUAUGCAUAUAAGAUCAAUGUUACCUAUUUUUAUAUGUGGUUUUUUCCCUUGCAUUUUAUAUACAUUCAUGGGAAAGCUUUUCAUGGGGACUGUUCUUUUGACUUGUAUUUUUUUAAAAAGUUGCAGUUUACUGUUUUGAAAAUCUAUGACUGCUGCUAUCACUUGUGCAAUGGGAAAGGGCAAAUGUGCUCAUUGAUGUUGUUUUCAAUUGUGUGUUGCUUGGUGGUGUUCCAACACAUGCGUUGGAAUAUUUCGCGCUUUCCCCCCUUCCUUUUUCAUCUACACCCCCCCCCCCCCCGUUUUUCAUGGUUACUAACAGCCCCUGACGGUUUAAGUAGCAGUUCGUUAUCUCUGCCAGGUCCUGUUGAGGUGAUUUUGUGUUCCUUUGGGUUCUUGUUUGUGGCUUUUUAUUCGCGAAUUUGGAGGUAUUUUAGGUUACUAUUUAAAACUAGGAGGGUUAGCUGUGUUAGUCUGUAGUUGCAAAAUAGUAAAGAGUCCAGUAGCACCUUUAAGACU